GAACUGGCCAGUGGAAUCAAAUCCCCUUUAGACUUGAACAACUUUCUAAAGCCAUAGCCAGACUUGCAUUAUCUUCUGCUUUGUGGACUUGGUGGCAUGUUUGUUCGAUGAAAAUAUAAUUUCUUUUUUCUUAGAAGAGGAUCAUUACAAAGGCCUUUUAAAGCGGGUAAGUUGAAGAGUACAGCAAUGGACAGUCGAAUUCUGUAUCGUAUGGUCUUGAUAGCCGCUACUCUGGUAUUGGCUACAAAGGGAAGACACUCCGAAUCAUACAAGAAAAUUUACAGAGACGAUUCCCCGUCUGUCAAGCAACUUCUUCAAGAGAUAGUCCCAAACGGUGAACUACCAGUACUGCCCGAUGGCUUCCCAACACUGGACAAACUGAAGGCUGAAAAGUUUGAUUAUGUCGUCAAAAAUGGCAACGUAACGGCUACGAUAGACCUGGAAGAUCCUGUCAGUUUACUGGGCGAAGGAAUGAAGGUCCGAGACGUCACCAUGACGUUUGUGUACAAUAAGAAGGGUACUAGUAAAGGACACUGGGAGUUCAACGCUCAAGGUAAAUGGCGCCAUGGCAACAUGUUGGCCAGAGUAAAGAUCGAAGAGUCGAAGGUUGGUAAGCACCACACAUUAGUGGCAGCAGCGGAUCGAUUGAACGUCUACGACAUAGCAUCAUCAAUAUCUGAAAAACAAAGCAUUGAAUCGGCGGGAAUGAACUUAGCCGUCCUCAAAAACCUUACCGUGACAAAUGUAGAGAUGUACUCUGUGUUCAAAGGGGACAAUGACUACGUUUUCAUGAUUUCUGGAAAACCAGAAAUCGAUGGAACCAAGGCAGAGACAUGUAAGGUAUUCGUAAGAAGGUUGCCUGACAAGAAAGGGGUUUUUUCAGUUCUCUUGGAGUUCAAGAAAGAUCUUCCUUCAAGAGUGCUAUUGAAGUUAAUCAGUGAUGAUUUGUUCAAAAUCCCCUUCGUGAACCACCUUAUAGCACAGACGAGACUCUUCCGCACUUCUGAGACAGACUUCGGGUUCGUUGCUUCGACAGGAGAAGUCGACAAGUUACCAUUGAAGUCCUUUGGUGGUGGUAUCUUAUCAACAGAAUUAGACUCUAGGAUCUCUAAAGGUUUAACCUUACUUCUCCCCAUUCAUCUGGGAAACGAGAAUCAAAACCCGGUUCGAGUUGCAGUCGAAAUAGACCCUCCACUUGUCAAGUUCCUGACGGGUAAACACGAGAAAGUAAGCGUUUCACAAACCCUCGCUGCUCUUUCUCCAAAAACACCAGUGUCGGUCCUACCAUAUGGCUUCCCUGACCUUGCCAAAGUCUCUAUCAAUAAGUUCAGCUAUAACAUAGAACAAGAGACAUUUUUAGUUUAUUCGCACAUCGCUGAGGAAUUCACUGCCAUUCCUCAGUUAAUGAAUGUGUCAAACAUGGAUGUAGUCUUUAAGCAUAAUGUAGGAGAUCAAAUCGAUACCUGGACCAUCGAGGGUGAAGGUCUCUCUAACCUUGGUGGAAAUGUAGCUAAAGUUUCCUUAUCGACAGAAGAAGAAGAAGCUAAAAUAAUCGUGUUCAAAGGGUCGUCUAAGAAGAUGUCGGUGUUACAGCUUGCAAAGCAGUAUGGUCUAUCGUUCGUUCCUGACGAAGAGAGCAGAGCAAUUGUCGAGAGCAGCAAAAUGAAUGACUUUUUAUUUACGAAUCCGACUAUAAAGUCAGCUUUUUCUAUUAAUCAGAAGAAACGCUUUAUUCAUGUAUCUGGAAAAGGCCAUUUUCCCGGCGUGAAAAAGCUAACAGAGGCAGAAGUUGUCGUGUACGAAGAAAGUGGGAAACUAAAAACCGCUGUUGGAUUCGUUUUCCCAAAGAUUCCUUUGAAUUCUUUGAUCGAUGCUCUCACUGGGUUCGAUACGACAAAUUUAAAGAUGUUGAAAAACAGUUACAAUGCAUCGUUGGUUCUCUCUCCUCAAGAAGACCGGUCUUUCUUCGAGAACCCGACACUUUCAGGACUUUCUUUAUCACGUGGAAUGUCACUAGUAGGUUUGUUCCGAAUUCCAGAAGACUGCGAAGGACUUAAACUAUGCGAGAGCGUGCAAAGCCUGCUUGAGAGUGAUGAAUGGUAUCGUAUCCAAGGUCUUAUCAAACAUGACGGAUUUUCCUUAACUGGAUCGAUCAAACGAAACUACGCAUUAGGAGAAAGCUUGAUGCUUACGGACAACACGUUGGAUUUUACCAUCGGACAAGACUCCUCGUUUGUUGUACACAGUAGAAUGACUCUCCCAAAAGAGAAGCUGUCCUUUACAGGGUCGUUGAACUUUGCUGAAGACAACGUGAUUUUGGACAUGGAGAGUGAUGACACUCUUCAUCGAACAUUCAAAGGUGGACUCAUUAGACUCGAUAACCUGGCAAUAAGCACACCUAUUCUCAAGCUACUCCCGCUGAAGGACUUGCGCAUCACUGGCCGCAUGAACCUCGGUAGCAUUGAAAGCAAAACUUUGAUGUCAGCGGAUGCUGUCGUCACAUAUCAGCCGACAGUACCGGAAGUGAGCCGCUUUGAAGCCAAAUUUGAACAUCAGAGGAUCGAAGAGCUGAUUAGUGCUUUAGAAAUGACUAAUGUUAGUAUUCCAAGGGUUUUGAGUAACGCUGAUUUCCCUGAAGGGUUUAUGGCCAUCUAUGAUCCAACCAUUGACAACACCACCAACUUCUUUAUUACGGGCCAGAUGCAUAUUUUUGACAAGGACUUUGACGCUAUCAUGAAAAUGAAAGAUUCAAAGACCUUGUUGAUCGAUACAGACAACACCAAAAGUCCAUAUGUGAUCUCUGAAGGGAAUGUCAUACUCCAGAAAGACCUAGAAAAAUCCACAGGAGGCCCAAAGCUGCACAUCGAGGUCACUCCACGACAAACAAAGGUCAAGUUGAUUGGUUACGCAAAGGCUUUUGGGAUAUCGAAAGCAGUUAAUAUUGACGUCACUGAUGACGGAACAGGCUUUCCCAUAUAUGGCAAGCUGUUUGACGUCAGUGGGGUUGGAAUUUUGAUAUCGUCCAAUGACGUACUCAGCUCAUCUGAAACAGCGGAAUUCUUGGCAUAUGGGUGUCUAGAAAGUAUCAAAAAAGACGUUACCUUGGAAACCCAACGAAUAUUAAAAGACGCAGCACACGAAGCAGAUACGUUUAUUGCGCAAGCGCAGGACAACCUUAAAGAAGCCAAGACGUAUUACCGCAAGGCAACAGUGGAUGAGACCACGUAUCGAGAUAAACUAGAGAAGCAGAAAGCCUUGUUUAGAAAAAGAGAAAAAGAAGUGUGGAAAGCGGAGGAGAAGUAUAACAGCAGCUGUCAACUGGGACACUGCAAGAAAAAAUGCAUCGGGUGCCCUGACUGGAACCGCUGCUGUUCACGUGACGUGUUUGGUAACUGUGUCGAGUGUCCUGCCUGGAACAAGUGUUGCUACACAACUGGGGACCCUGUGUGCGUAGCCAAGAACCAUGGCUGUCAACACAUCAGGAAGGUGGCAGAAGGGAACUACGAGGAUGCUAAGGAUAUCUUAAAGGAUCAGAAAAAGCGUCUAGACCACGUCACUAAAAAUCUCUUCGACGCCGAGUUCUCCAAGGGCAAAACCAAAGCUGUUCUGGAUGCUGCGGGGAAAGCAUUGUCUCUCAUCGACAGAGACUCGGUGACUGGGAUAAGAGCAUCGAAAGCAAUCAAAGACUUUGGCCUUGAAAAGUUAUUUGAUAUCAAGAGUAUCUGCUUCAAAGAGCCACUAGAAUCGCUUGCAUCCAGUUGCAUUAAUAUGCAAGUGAACUUGACAAUGAUGGGUUCCACUGACGAGAAAUCUUAUCCUCUCAAAACAUGUCUGAAUAAGGACCUAUUACCCAGUGUCGCGCGCUUCGUAGCAAAUAUCAUGUUCCCGGAUGUUAAUGGUGUCAGACAUCGACGAAGCUUAUUGAGCGAGGAGAGGGAGCCUGGUGUUAAUUUUGAAGCUCAAGACGCGGAAUUUGAGUUGGAAACUUCCCAUAGAAGAUCAAGGAGAUCAGUAGAUGAAGAGAAAGAGAGAUCCCAUGAAAGAAUUGAACCUUUCUGGGACCUCAUCCGCGAACACAACCCCUUACAAGAUGAGGCUAAACCCAUCCCUAACCACCCUGCUAUGGGCAAAGCUACAUUGAAAAGGAAAUGGAAAAUACCAGCCUCCGAGAAAGGGCGCUGUAAGAUCUACCAUCAGCUGUUGAACAUCUGUCGUGACAUGAUGAAGACUGUGAAGAAAAUGUACAGUACCUACAUGUACGAGAGAUACAUGUUUGCCAAGGAGAAGGACAACUUCAGGAGGAGACUCAGAAGAGUUACCAAACAACUGGAAACAUCAGCCAAACUAGUGUCGGGAACAGAAGAUCAGAUGGUCAAGAUUGAACGAAGCUUGAACUUCCUCAGUGUUGGUGUUCGCAAGUGGAUGGAUAAGAGCAGUAAGGCAAUAGAACGGCAAGACAUCAUUAGUGUCAAAGCCUGGGUAAAGGGCAUGGACGCUAGAAUCCAGUCCCUUGGCGGAGAGGGUGUUAAUCGUUUCCUUUCCAACCUGUUCAAAGCUUUUUAUGGACUGUUCGAAAGUGGCAACAUACCGGACAAGAAGACUGGCAAGGCGUUGAGUGUCGUACAAAGAAUAAACCACAUGAAAAAGGCCUUUAACCAGAUCUUCAAGAAAGAUAUUCCACUUGGACGUGCUAAUUAUUAUGCAGAUAGAGUACUUUAUGACAUAACAGAGAUCAAGGGUAUUGGGGUAUACUGUAAGAAAUGAUCCCUCCCGAUCAGGGAUCGAAGUAAAUAUUACAGAUUCUAACAAGAGGCGAUCCAGGGUGGGGUCAGAAACAACGAGUAUACUUGUAGGGGGUGGGGGAGGCGGUAGAAUCUAAUGCUGUAGCUCCUGAAAAGAAGACAUGACGUUAUGAGCGGCCAUUUUGAAAACAACGUGAAAUAAAUUAUCUAUAAAUUUGCUCUAUAAUCAUCACUAUGGCACAAGGUAAAAAGAGCUCUGUUAUUGAUUGGCCGGUUUGUAUGGCUGCAUUUUUAAUUGGCUCGACAUUCAACCAAUCACAGCUCGUCUAAUUUUCAGCAGUAUGGUUUAAUGCAAUUUAUAACAUUCUUUUCAUAGUUUAAAGUAUACGAGGUCUUUAAGUAACGUUCAAAGUAUGAUUAUGAAGGUCUAUUAGCUAGUGGUUUUAUAUAGAAAAGGGCAUUAUUUAACAAGGUACGUCAGCCUGUUUAUGAACGUACCUUUUCGAUCUAUUUAAGGUGUAAACAUUCUCGUACCCAAAGCCUCAUUAGAAAAUCGGAUAUUUCUAAUAAGUAGCCGGAUCUGGGAAUGAGAAUAAGGUAUAAGCUAUUGUCCUUGCUAUACUGCUCUGGAACCGGAGUUUAAAAUGUAUUUUAAUGCAGGGUAGUUAUUCCCUAAGUAUAAGGAGAAGUCGUUAUGGGCCGGUGGAUGCUAUUUAGGUAAAUUCUUUUUUCGUUUUUUAGCGAGAGACUUUUAACGAAAACUCGAAUAAAAUUCUAAUAGCUCGUUACCAGGUUUUUUCGGACAAGGGAUCUGGAAAAGGAGAAAUUAUUGUAUUAGACUACGGCGAUACGGCGAAUCGUAAUGCAUUAUAGUACGUUUAGGGGUCAAAUAUAGAGCUAACGUGUGAGAGCUUGGUGAUACAUUUUUAUUUAUACUGCAUGUCAAUAAUACAGCAAAACCCGCCAAAGCAGUCACCUGUUCCAAUAGAAGAAAGAAAGACAAACAAACAAACUCUUCAUAUUGUUCGCUAUUUGCUUUUGCCCUCUGAACGACCCAUAAUGCCUUGCGAUUAAAGAUGUCCCCUGUAGUCCAUUGAAAUGGCCCACAUUUUAAUAGUUGUCUAAAACGACUAAUUGCUGUAAAGUAUUCCCUUUCUUGAAUUUGAAGAGUUCAUCUCCAUUAUUCUUUUUCAAAGUUUAGUAUAAAAUAUAUUUUGUAUGAGACA